UAGGCGCGCGUGCUGGAAAAACUCGUCGUCGUCGGUUGUUUCGGCAGCACCACACUUGUGUGCCGUGUGUGCGAGUGUGUGUGUAUGUGUAUGGUCCGUGUGUGAGCGGGCAACCCAUGAGCACGGAAGAGACCAGUAGAAGUUACUAGCCACCACAGCACACGCCGUCGUAACGCGUGACCAAGAAGUUUCGGUUUGGGCAACUACACCGUGAGGCGUUCACGGAGACACAAGACUGAGUCGUCGUUGAGUAACUUCGGGUUGGAGAAGAGUCCGCGUACCCUACAAUAUCAGCAAAAGAAAUAUCGUGUUAAAGUGUUCAAUAAAUAGUCUAGUUUUAUUUCCUCGGUGGAAGUUGUGAAUACUCGAAGAAGACACCCCAUUCCUACCCUCGAGAUAUCGUUAGAAUUCGCGUUACGAGUUCGAUGUAGUGGAAAAUGUCCUACCUCCAGAGAAUUGUGGGAUGUUUGUGAGCAAGUAAAGUUUAUGUUAGGGGUUUUACGAGAGUCCUUACGUUGAAGGUUUCCCCAAUUUCCGCUUUGUGUAGCACAACAGGCAAAUUUCGCUAAAUUAUUAAAUAAUUUAUAGCUCCCAUGAAAAAUUGGCCCCAUUUCAACCAACCAGGAGCGCGUGUCAACGAGCGAAAAGUGAGGCAAUUUCCGGCCGUAAUCGAGCCCUGCCUGGAAGCAGAAGGUGAUGAGGGAAGGUGAAAAUCGUGCCCAUCGUAAAGAUCCCUAAUUCAAUUUCGAAAAAAAAAGGCAUCAAGAGGAAAAGGUGUGUGUAUCUUCAGGAGCGUGAUGAACGCAGAACAUCGACGUGUAGCGCAAGAAACGACGACGACGAUGCUGAUGGCGAGGCACUUGUGAUAGCGAAAUAUAUAUUCUAAAAGAAGCUGCUGCUGCUGCGUGAAAAAUAUCCUGCGAGUGCGUUUGAAGUGAGUGAGUGAGUGGAGUGAUAUUUUUGUUUGGUUCAGCGAAGAGAGGCGGCGAAGCAGCAGCCGAGCGCAGCAAAAUGUACGUCGAGUACGGUGAACGAAGGAACAACGAACGGGACGCGAUGAUGGCCGGCAACAAGUUUAUGGUUUCACACCUGCACCGGUCAAACCAAGACCCUCCCCUGCACCACCCGAUCGAACCCCUAGACCACUACUCCGUGACUACGACGCAACGAAUUCCUCCCCAUCCCCAUCAGCAGCAGCAUCAUCCUCAUCCUCGACCUGCGCAGCAAUCCAGCAGUCUAUCCAGCGGCAAGCACGUGAAGCUGAAACCAGCCGACCUUGGUUACAACAAUUACUACCCGCCAUCAAACCAACAGCCCAAAUCUGCUCCGCCAAAACCGCUAGACUAUCAAAAAUUAAACAAUCACACCAGCACCGCUGGUGGUCCAGCUGGGAUACUGAAAAACAACCACCACGCCACCGGUGGUCACUCCAAGCAGCGGCGUCCGCUGAUUUACGAGUUGAAACAGUAUGAGUACUUCAACAGCAACGACAGCACAGGAAGUAAGCAACUGCCAGCGCCAGCAGUCAAGAACACCAACAGUGUCCUGCAGCAGCACUACAGCGGCCACAACUACAACAUCAACUACAAUCUGAACUUUACGAAAAAUCAAUACAACAUACUGAUAUCGCCACCAACGACGACAGCAGCCGGUGGACAGCAGGUUCCACCGUACGACGAGAACAAUCACUUCAUCAGUAGCCAUUAUCAGCAAUCACAGCAGCAAAACUACCAGAACAACGCUAGAAACUACAAGAACAACAACGCAAACCGUCAUCAUCAGCAGCAGCAACAUCCCUUGUACAGCAACAACAACCACUACAAUCAAUAUCUUAGCAAUCAACAUCAGCAGCAGCAUCACUCGUCCAAGCAGCAGCAGCAACAUCAACCCGCCUACUUGGACGAGAAGCCACCGCUGUUUGUGGACGGUGACCACGAGCUUGGCAAGAUGCAGCGCGAGGAGAUUAUCAUCGAGCACAGUCAGCUGGUUGGAGACGGAAGUGGACCAGGCAUCGUCAUACACCCGGCCGGCGGAGGCGGCCACCCUGCGGGACAGGGUGGCCAGGGAGCGGCCGGUGGACGACAGCCACUAUUGCGCGGCAAAGGCCUUGGCGGAUUAGGAGGAGGAGGAGGAGGUGGAGGGGGGAAGCUAACGGCCAUCAACCGAUCGCAUCAUUUCACGCAGAUAAUCGCAGCCCUCGCCGUAUCGAUCGGACCGCUGGCGGCCGGCCUCGGGAAGGGCUACUCCAGUCCGGCCAUCGCGAGCCUCCAGGAGCUGCAGAUCCGGCAACGGGGCAACUACACGUCCUUCUCCGUCAACGAUCAGCAGGCCAGCUGGAUCGCGAGCCUGUCGCUGUUGGGUGCCCUGUUCGGUGGCAUGUUCGGCGGCGUCGCCAUGCAGUACGGCCGGAAGCGGGUGCUGGCGCUGAUGUCGCUUCCGUUCUCGCUGUCCUGGAUCCUGACCGUGUUCGCCAAAUCCGUGGAGACGAUGUUCUUCACCGCGUUCAUCGGCGGGUUUUGCUGCGCCAUCGUGUCCACCGUGACGCAGGUGUACAUCAGCGAAAUCUCGUCGCCGGACAUCCGGGGCUUCCUCAGUGCGAUCCAGAAGAUUGCCGGCCACAUGGGCAUGCUCAUCUCGUAUCUGCUCGGCGCGUACCUGGACUGGCGGCAGCUGGCGAUGCUGGUCUCGGUGGCGCCGAUUAUGCUCUUCAUAUCUGUGAUCUAUAUACCGGAAACGCCGAGCUUCUUAGUGUUAAGAGGUUGCGAUGAUGAAGCUCAUCGCUCACUACAAUGGCUUCGGGGUCCACACAAAAACGUAGAGAUAGAACUCGACACCAUCCGAUCGAACGUGCGUACAUCGAGAAUCAACCUGCUGAACCGGAUGUCCUCGGUGGCGACGACCACGACGACGACCGUGUCCAGCGCUGCCAGCGGCCAACCCGGCCUGCAACAGCAACAACAACAGUCACAAUCCACGUCAAGCCAGCUGGCUGGCUUUGUGCGGUCCUGGCACCUGCCCCGCAUCUCGUGCAACGCCAUCAUGGCCAACGUGAAGGCCGUCAUGCGUAACGCCCGCCUGGUCAAGCCAGUUUCCAUCACCUGCGGCCUUAUGAUCUUCCAGCGGUUCACCGGUGCCAACUCGUUCAACUUUUACGCGGUGAGCAUCUUCAGCAAAACCUUCGCCGGGAUGAACCCCCACGGAGCGGCCAUCGCCGUCGGGUUCGUCCAACUGCUCGCAUCGAUGCUGUCCGGUCUGCUGAUCGACACCGUUGGCCGCAUCCCGCUCCUAAUCGUGAGCAGCGUCUUCAUGUCCCUCGCCCUGGCCAGCUUCGGAUCGUUCGUGUACUACGGCCACACGAACAAGCUGCUUGCGACGGCAAACUUCGAUCUGGACGCGCCCGUCGGCAACAACGACUGGAUUCCGCUGCUGUGCGUGCUGGUCUUCACGGUGGCGUUUUCGCUGGGCAUUUCGCCCAUUUCGUGGCUGCUGGUCGGGGAGUUGUUCCCGCUGGAGUACCGCGGCAUUGGAAGCUCGAUCGCGACCAGCUUCAGCUACUUCUGUGCCUUCCUCGGUGUCAAGACGUUCAUGGACUUUAAUGCAUGGUUCGGCCUGCACGGCACCUUCUGGCUGUACGCGUGCAUAUCCUGCGCGGGCCUGUUCUUCGUCAUCAUGGUCGUGCCGGAGACCAAGGGCCGCGACCUGGAGGAGAUGGACCCGAAGUACGUGCGAACGCUGACGAUAAAUCGAUGAGACAUGGGAACGCACGUAGAGUAUCUAGUAUAGUAUUUAAUGGGCCCCCCGAGCAAUAGUGUCCUAACCGCCGCCGUUGUCCUUUGCCGUCGCCAGGUUGCUGGUUCUACCACUUUUGCUUGCGCUCGCUUGUUGUUGCGGCGAUGAUUUUAGGCUAGAGAGCGAGCGAGGUGCUAGAGAAUGAACGAGUAACGAUAUUUAAAUGUUCCUAAAUGAGUGCGAAUGAAAAUGAGUGAGAUCAGACAGAAGCGAGAAAGAGAGAAGGAAACGAACAAAGUUGCUUAUAAUUUUCCUCAUUUUCAAAAAACAUAUUGUAAGAUAAAACCAACUACCCAAGUAACCGCGAGGCACUAAAUAGCGGCAUUAAAUCAGCAUUAUAUUGGCAUUUAAUACCAGCAAAUAAUGCUUCAAAACAUUAAAUCAGCACUUUUCCCUUGAGAAAUAUUUCAAGUGGCGCACAGUGAUGCCGUUUUAAUGCCUCACCGAAAGCUCGAACAAAAAAAACUGCUUUAUCGACGUCAAGGCUGGGGGAAAAAAAAGGACAGCUAGCUGCUCCACACACUUGGUGGUGGGCCUCCUUUGUUUUUUUUUCUCCUGUUGCGUUUCAUGUGUGAGUGUGACACUUUGAUGUUAUUCUUGCAUUUUUCUCGUCGAUCUCCAGGAUGCGCGCCAGCCAACUGAUGUAUUCUGAAAUGAGUGUUUGUUUUGAAAGUUUUAAUCGAUGUGGUUGAUGCAUCGAACAUUAAGGAAGACUUUCUUUCUGCUGUUUCGAGUUUCUGGUUCAUGAGAAAAACCCGUUGUCAUUUUGUUGGACGAAAAUUAUUGACGAGUCACUCAGCAAAUUGCGGCCAUCCAGUCAAGUACAGUACAAUCAAUUACGGAAGGCUUGGGGUUAAUAGGGACAAGUACUGGCUAACGGCUAACGUAAACUGUUUUUCCGAGGAGUGCUUGGUCCACGGUUGGCAAAAUUUCACAAAGUGUAUCAGACUUCCGGAAAGCAGCUUUUUGCUUGCGAGAAAAGUCAUUCAAUUUACCAGAGAACUUUUGAUAAUGUCCUUUGUGCUAUGGGCAUAUGUUUUGAAAAAUUUGGCUUAAUUACAGGCUGCAGUUUUCCACAAAAAAAAAUAAACAAAAAAAAACACUUCAGUCAGCGGGAAUUGAACCCAGUUCACGCAAAAAUAAAACUGUUGCACACUGGGGGAAAUGCGCCUUAGCCCGCACGCUUAUUGGAACAGUAUAACGGGAGAAGGAUGAAAGUCAAUAAGAGCGUGACUGGCUGAAAUGUUUCCCGUAUGGAUGGGUUACUUUGUUGAUAAACAUCAAAUGCUUUGAAGCACAUUUUCAAGGUCGUAAAUGGUGAUUUAAUGCCAGUUGUAAUGCUGCAAAGUUUUGGUACUUUGAGGCAUUCGCAAAGCUUAUUUACUACUUCAAAGCAUUCGAGUGCUGAUUUAGUACUGAAUAAAUACUUCAAUUUAGUGCUUGUGGUUACUUGGGUAACCCUUAAUCGCUAGCAAACGCUCCUGUAAAUAGGCUACAAUCAAAAAGGAAAUCCGUACUUAGCUUGAAAAUAAAAAAAAGAGCAAAAAUUUAAACAAUUCGAACUGAAGUAAACUAAUGCAAAAAAGAAAAGAAAUAAAAAUCAACUAGCGCCAAGCUUAGCAAACUGGCUGUUUCGUUGGAAAUUUGGUUCUCAAACUGUUGACUUUCUAGCGGAGUAAUUGACAAACACACAACCACACACUGUAAAUAUAGGUCCGUUAAACGCACAAAGGAGUAUUGAUAAAUCGAGUAGGAUGCAGCGAAGCAAAAUCGAAACAAUCACACACAAGGAUGGAUUCGUCGUGCACUGCUUUUGGCUUCUUUUUUAAACUCUUUCCUCCCCCCGCAGGAUUAUUGGAAAUAUCUAGGUAGAGUAGCUUGGCGAAUUUCUCCAAAAGUCUGGUGUAUUUAUUUCUCAUCUUGUGAAAAAAAAAUAUGAUUGUUUCAAUUUUACUUAAUUUUACUAUAAUGUUAUAUUCCAAAUUUGAGAAAAAAAUCAUCGAACUAGAGAAACUCUAUUUUGAAAACAAAACGUUACUCUUCUUCAAAAUCUAACCACAAAAAUACGGUUUAAACCCGUUUGCCCAUGUUUGACACACUUGAAUUUCUAUUGGUGUUAUUUGUUAUGCUAUUAAAUUUUUAAUAUCUUUUAUUUUAUUUUUAUUUUUUUCAUUGACAAUGGCACACAUAUUAUCAAAUCAUUGAUUUGAGUUGCAAAUAUUAAAGCAAGAGCAUUGAUCAAAUCUAUAACUAGUAUUUUUGUAUGAAUUUGUUCUUUAACUUAUAUAAUAAUAUAUUUAUAAAAUAUUUAAAUGAAAUGUUUUUUUUUUAACUGCAAGUUUUUUUUUAUUUGAAGAAUGUCAUAUUAACUAAUUGUUCUCUCGUAAAUUAUUUGAAACAUAUUUUUAUUCAUUUCUUAUCGUUCAAAUACCUAAAAAAAAAUAGGAAAAAUCAAGCAAAACAAUUCAGUUUGGCUGAACACGAAUUUUGUGCAAAACGAGUUGCAAUAUGAAAACUUUUUCAGCACGAGUCGGAUGCUAAUGACGUGUGCUAAAAUUCUAUGUUAUUAUUUCUUUCUCCGUUUGCCAUUGCAAAACAAUCUUGACAAAUAUUACUUUACGAUACAAGUGCUGAAAACUACAACUUUACAGCACUCAUUUGUAUAAAAUAAAACAAUAUUUAUCUAUUUUGUCAGUUUUGGUGAAGAAAAGUAGGCUAUUUUGUCAUUUAUUUUUAAAUUUCAUCAUAUUUUUUUAAAUUUUAGAUACUUUGAAGUAUGACAUUGAUUCUGUUAGUUUUGGUGAAAAAAAAGCAGGCGAAAUCGACAUUUGAGAAAGAGGGAAAAUAUUUUCCGUGUUUUUUUAAUGUCAUGAUUAUUUUAUCAUAUUUUGUAAAUAAUUCGAAUAAAAUAAAACAGUAUAUCUGGAGAUUUUUUGAAAAUGUCCAAUAAACCAAAAUUCCAGUUUUUGCUUUUAGGGUGUUUUUGAAACCGCCUUGAGUCAAGGGUAUUAAAAACACCCAAAAAGCAAAAACUGGAAUUUUGGUUUAUUGGACAUUUUCAAAAAAAAACUCGAGAUAUGUACUUCUACAAUCACACACGAUUUAAUAAAAUUAAUUUUAGAAAUUAAGAUCUACUCUUAAUUUGGAUGAAAUUAGAAUGUUGUUCUCGUUUUUUUAUGUUGAUUAUUUGUCUAAUGUUUCAAAAUCAUGAAGGAUUUGCCAAAUUUUAAUGAAAUACUUGAUUUUCCCCAAUAGUAAAUUAUUUUUUUUCAUUUUUGGACCAUAUCUUGGAAUAAGAUGUACAACUUGCACCAAAAAAAAUGAGUUUUUAAAUACGUUGAUUUAUGAAAUUUUUUCGACAAUAAAGCAAUUCAUGCACAAAUAAGCAAAUAAGACUUCAAAAACUAUAUUUUUGUAAUUUUAAUUUGCUACAACAUAUCUCUAUCUCGUGUUGUUUCGUCCACAGAAAUCUUCACAAAAUGUUGUUACCACCAGAGAUGGAAUAACCGCUAAAAAAAUUCUUUUUCGCUUGCGAUUUAUCAUCGUCCGCAAAAGAGUGAGGAAAAAAAAUCGCUUCCGAACUUUUCGAAAAAAAAACAAUCAGAUGAAGUAUUAAAUGAAUCUCAUUGUUAGCACCACUUAAAAUUAACUUGUUUACAAACAUUGUUCAUUUACGAAUAGUGACAGGUUAUUUUUUGACGUGUCGAUGUUCCGCCGAAUAAUCCAGACGAUGAUUUUUUGAGUUUCCUUUAACCGAUAUUUCGUGCGCACGAGAGGAGAGCCCAGCUCCCCACGGAUUUUUUCUCUUGAUGAGCGUCAAGAACAACAUUCAAAAAUCGGUGUCUUGAGAACGUGUUUUUUUUAUCUAAAGAAAUGUUUUAUUUCCAGAUUGUAAAAUUUGUCUUGAAUUUUUCUCAAACUAUUGUUUCGGAGACACAAAAAAUAGUUUUUUGAAAAAUUGAGGAAAACUUUUACACUUUCAAAAAAACACUAUUUUUUUAUUCUCUGAAAAAUAUGAUUCCCUGUUGGCCAUGUGGGAGCCAUGUUUGUAUAAGAAAAAAAAUCUUGGUUCAGAAGGUACAAUCAGAAAAUGUUUUUUUUUCUCAUGAUGUUUGUUGAAGCAUUUUACGUAUCGUCAUUAAUUUUUCAUGUAAAUUAACUCUUUCUGGACCUGGUAUUCAGAACCAUCAUUGAAAGUAAUUUCUCCAAGAGUAUUAGUUGUCCUUGAGAUGACCUAAAAACAUCAAUGGUCUAAAUUCCUUGGAAGUGUUGCCAAUUUUUUGCUUCGCAUUUGGCAGUGUUGCCAAUAAACAAGCCGAAAAUUUUUAGAGAAAGUUUUUAAAAGGUAAACUCAAAAUUAAAAAAAAAGACGUCGAAAAGGCGCAUGAUUGUCAAAGAGACUUACUGCUGUCUUUUAUGAGUGUUUCAAAACAAACGGAAACGUGAGAAAAAAUAAGUCGCCAAAAAAUUACUUGAGGAAUGCGAAAAAAAUCCGGAUCGAGAAAAAUGCGUUCCUGACAUACCUAAUGCAAAGGAAUGAUUUCAAAAAUUUAAAUAUGAUCAAAAUUUUUCAGUAACGUAUUUUUAGUUCUUCCUGUAUUUUUUGAAGAAGAGUAAACAAGUUCUCAAACCUAAAACUGUAUCCUUUAGUUGCGCUUCUAAUGGCUCGUGCUGGUUAUCUGUAAAAAUGACAAAAACAAAUCCCAACCACAAGACCACAACCAUCUUUUCCAAACUACGAAUGCAGCCCAUUAAAUACUAGUAGUAGAAACUGUAGCGUGCCGGUGCCGGUUUCUGGCCAGAAAUUUAAAACUUGUAAAACAAACAAAAUCGUGUAAUAGCAGUCAAAUUAAACAAGAAUCUCAUCAUCAAUUGAAAAACUAAACUGAACAACACAAAAAGCGUGGGAACUUCUUUUCGAAGAGACAAUAAUUUACUAAUAAAAAUGAGCAGUAAUUGUUACUACUAAAAAGCUAGCGAAAAAAAUGGUAGAGCAGACAACUUGAGGAUAUCUAAAUCAAUUCAAAGUAGAGACAAAAGAAUUAACUACAAUUAUCUGAAAACAAAUAUUGCUACGGUAAGUGUAGCUUGAGGUGGAAUGUAUGAUAAUUUUUUUAUACACAUCUAACGUUUAUACGAAAAGAGUAAUUUAUUGUUAGUUACUAACAAAGAACAAGUAGAAUCAUAUACAUAUAAUAGCAAAAGCGAAAAACGGUUCAGUGCUUAUGUACAGUUCAAUUAUUUAUUUGUUUCGAUCAAAAUAACAUCAAUCGUGUAGCGUGUAAGUAAAAAGCUUGAAACAAAAAUGAAAAAUAGCCAACACUCUUUUUAUAUGCCAUGGUAGAAACCUAGUUUCUAAUAGCUACAAUUUAAAACAAGCAGUAUAAAUGUAAAACGAAAGCAUUUUUAAACAGCAAAAAAAGCCAUCAGUCAUUAGUAGCCAUUCGAAGGAAGACCUCCAAUCCUUUUUAGUACAUCGUCGUCUAUUCUCUAUUGCGACAUAUAUUCAGAACAAAAAAAAAACACUUUUCUAACCUAUAGUUCAACUCGACAUAUCGCGUAAGAAGAGAAAGAGAUAUAAGUAAAGGGUUAAAGUUACUUUCAAAGUCAAACGAAAUCGUUCUACGCUAUCCGACAAGUACAAAAUUGAAACCCGUAUCAUUUUGUGGAGCAAUCCCCACUCCCCUUUCCGGAGAUAUCACUCAAAACUCUAAUCAUAUCGGUUUUUAGUCAAAGGCUAAGUUUCUUAAACUAAUACAAAAGAAAACGAGUUUAAUUUUAGCAGUGUGUAGUGGUACUUACAGAACUUUUACUCGAAUAUCCGUAGCUGAGAAUCGACUUUGAAGAAGAAAAAAAUAUGAAUGAGACAAAACGACAAUAAUAGGUGUAACGUGUAGGCGAAGAUAUUAAGUUCGACACUGUCAUAUCAUGACAAUAACUAGUGUUUAAACAUUUACCGUAAGUUGACGGAUGCGCUGGAGCAAGAUUGUGCAAAUAUAUAUACAACAACAAAAAACACACACACACUGAUAGAACGUGACGAAGAGGGGGCAGAACAAAUUAAUAGUAGAGAAAAAAACACUUUUUUACAAUCUAGGAACAAUGUACUUUAAAAAAACAAAACCAGUAUCAAGAAGAAAGAAUCAAAAACAAUUAUGAGAAAGUCAUUUGAACGCUUUAACGUCGCUAGGUUAAUUUUUUGCUAGACAAACAAACGUAAGUGAAAGAACAUAAUCUUUAGCUUUGCUAAAACAAAUCUAAGCUAACUCAGAUUGAGAUGAUGUUAAACAAAAAUCUAUUAAAACAAAAUAAAAAUCAAUAUCGCAGAGUAAACUUGUUGAAAUCAGCGCGAACUAAAAGAAAGAAAAACUGUUUCUAAAUAUAUUCUAAUUUUCAUCACGAAUACUAUCUAACGAAAAAUAAAACACAAACACAAACACGAGUUCUUGUUGAUCUUUUCCAGAUUUUAUUCAAAACGAAAAAAAAGAACGUUGAAAUAAACGAAACCAGUUUUAAAUCUUUAGAAGUUACUCAGUAUUUUCUGUCAGUUAGCUGCAAACAAAAUAACUAAACUAAAAAACAAACGAAACCCCGCUAAUCCACACGGAGACAAACACAUACCCGAACCCGAACUCAUCAUAUACGAAACGCGCGUUCUAUUUGCUGUGAGUAUCUCGUAAGACUAUUAAAGGAUAACACGUUUCACCCCAAACUCCCGAAAUGCUUCAAUUGUUCGUUUUGGCGCGGUUCAGUUUUUAGAUUUUAUUUAUUUCCCCUGUGCUAUCAGUUGUAAUUACAUUCUGUGAAAAUUCUA